UGAUCAGCUGAGAUUACGCAGUUGUAUAUUUCCUGACGAACAUCAAGUUGUGUACGUACCCAAAUAAAGUCAUGUCAGAACGCGUUAAAAAACAAGGAGAAAUGUUACGGUUCAUGUGUCGGGCUAAUCCUUCACUGGCAAAGACCAUAGUCAAAAACGCGUCCCCUCAACUCAUACAAACUUUAUGUGAAUGUUGUCACAAUGUUUUAAAAGGUAACGUGCCACUUACACUCGCUCAGAAGAGACGGUUGCAGCGACACAAAGCAAGUCUAAGACAACUCACCAAAAAGAGGCUAUCAAUCAAAAAGCGUAAGCAAAUUCUCCAACAAGGCGGUUUCAUAGGAGCGUCACUCGGGCCUAUUGUAAGCGUCCUUAAAGGUGUCUUAGGGUUUUAACGAUGGCCAAGAAAAUGAUUUUGAUCGAUCCCCGUGUAUUAGAGGCUAUGAAUCAAAAACCAUACGUACCAACAGAUAUUUGAUUGAGCUCAACAAGUUUCUGCCUUAAGACAAUCAUUUUUGUGUCCCGUCGUAUUUCAUUGUUUUCUUCUUUAUGUUUGUAACACCGUUAGUCGUGACUUAUUAUUGACGGGGUUACUUUAAAAAGGCAUUUCUUCUAAAAACAUGAUUGAGCCAACAUAUACUGUCACCCCAAAAUAAACAUCAAUUCAAUCUCCACAUAUAAAAUAAAGGACUCGAAUAACAUAUUCUGCUAUCACAAUACUUUUGAUUUGCUUCAUCGAUUUGUUUAUGCUGUAUCGUUAAAGUAGGCUCCCCUAUUUAUAUUGUUUCUCUUGUAACGGGUACUUAAAAUAGCGUGCCCAGUUGCGUGCCCAGUUGCUUUCUCUGUUGACGCUGUCUUGUCCAGUACUUCUGGACAGACUAACACACUUAUUGAAUAUGCGUUAUAAAUGAAGAACAUCAAUCAAUGAACAUGAUCAGAGAACUGGACCAAGGCUCUUGGGGAGAAGCCAGUCAAAUACUACUGGAAAGAGUCAUCAACAUUCAUAGCAAAAAUAUCACACCUAUUUAUGUAAGUAAACAUAAUUUAUUUACUACAAAAAUUAGUGGGAAAAGGAACUUCCUUUAAUUAUGUUAAAUUCUACUGUGUUGACUCAUUUUGGAUGGAUUAAUGUGACUUAGGUUUUCAUCUUUUUAUUUACAGAAUGCUGGAGACGCUUGUGACACCACCUUGUGUACUCUUGUGAAACUUGAUCUGGUGGUACUCUUAACUAGUAGUUUAUUGAUUAAUUUUAAGAAUCGGGGCUCAACAGGGCCAUCUUUGAGGGUGUCACACAUUGCGGUCCACAUGCCCUAGAAUAAGACAUAGAAUUCCAAGUAUUAAACUUUAGCUCAUAAAAUCAUAGCAACUUUUAAGUGAGGUAUUGGGUUAAUAAUCAAUUGUAUAGUUAGUUCAGUUUGAUCAAGUAUAAUGCCAUGAUGUUUUACCAAAAAAGGUAUCAAGUAUUUAAAUCCAUUGAAAGUAUGAAAGCCUGGUCGUGUAAAAAGCACUUGACCACACCAGGCAAUGAUUUGCAGCCAUUUCCUAGACCAACAGGAUUUAAUUUUAACUUAAUGAUCAAAUCAAUCAAUUAUUAAUGUAUAAUUCCCAUAAUAAUUAGUCCAAUAUUUGUGCAAUAAGCAAAGCUAAACAAAUUGCACCGGUACAAGAAAGAUUAGAACUAGAAGAAGCUGCAUAAACUUUUUGACACUAUGUUAAAUAUCUGAAUAUUUUCAAUUCCAGCUUCAGGAGUUGUCUCUCUUUGAAAACACAGGCUUUAAAUCUCUUCACUACAACUACUUCCAAAUUAUGUCAAUAGCUUUGGACUGUCCAACAUCUCAAUUUAUUAUUAGGUCAAAUAAAAUUGGUAUUAAAUUAGCUGUAAAAAAAAAAUAAGGACUAAUGCACUCAUUGACAUCUUGCUACAUUCAUAUCUGGAGAUAAUAAGAGAGAGAUUUCAAUUGGUGCCAUUUGCUUAUCUUUUAACUGCAUUUUGUGCUCCCACAGAUCUGGAGUCCAGCACACCAAUCUUUGGCAAGACCAAAAUGGCCUCUCCUGCUUUCAUUUGUUGUUUGGUGAUUAGCCUCUGUGGCCUUUCAUUUUGUAAGUUACCUUCAACUGUAUAAAUUGUUAAUUAUAAGAAAAUUCAUUUUAGCUAACUGGUACCCGGUACCAAUAUUUAGUAUUUACAAAAUAAAUUAGAAUAUGGUUAAUAUAAAAUUGUCUAAAUUUCGGAGUGGAACUGUAUUUUCAGGAAGUGUUUGAUCUCAGUGUUAUGGAAGAAUUAUAGUUACUAACAUAGGGUGCUUCCUUAAACCCAAAUAGGCUUUCUGCAUUAUAAUAAGUCUAAGUAUGCUUGUUUUGUUGUUUGUGUUCAUCUGUUUGAAUCCACCCUUAUAUGGUCCUUCAAAACCUACAUUUCCUUUGUAAUAUUGACAGUUGUAAGUAUCUCUCAAUUCUUCUCAACAGCUACCUGGGUCAGCUUCGACGCGACGCCAACCACUGUUCACCUGGGGCUUUCCAGGAGGCUCACCCUUCGCUGCGGUGUCCACCGAAAUGCGCCUGCGGGUUCCCCCGGUUCCAUCAAUGAGACGGCCUCCUUUACCACCAUCAACAUUACUCAUGUGAUGUCCAUAGUCAUAUCCCAGUGGAACGCUACGACCAAACAAAACGACACGAUUGGCAAUGUCACGCCCUUCGGUGACCUUGACAUCACCCAACCGGAAGAUCGGUUUUAUGCGGAGGGCAACACUGAGAAAUCCCCGAACCCAGAUGAAGUCGGCUACCUCCAGAUUUCUUGGAAAAUUCCGGUGGAGGAGCAGACGGGGAGUUACAUGUGUGAGGUGUUUGCACUGAAUAGAAAUUUUCACCCCAUUUCAAUGGUCCGUGAAGUUGUGGUCAGUGGUUUAAAUGCUACUCCUGUGGAGCUUGCAAAACACAUCGCAUCGCUGCAGGACCGCGUUGACGUGUUGGAAAACCUGACGGGGUCAUGGGUCAACGUGACAGCCCUUGAGAAGAAGAUUGAGUCCCUGGAGAAUGAACUCCACAAGCUUGCCAACACUGAACCCAUCCUACCAUCACCAAACUUCCAGAUGGGUGUCUUUGAAUGUAAAAUAGGGGAAACUGAUGUCCAUGUCGAGUUCCCCAAACGGUUUCAUGAGGUUCCAACCGUGUUCGCCAACGCCUUGUACUUUCAAAAGUCUGAAUCUGUAUUGAGCAGUCUCCUCUCUGUCAACCACUGCAACGCUAAUUUCCAUUGCAAGGCACGAGACCGUGGUUUCAAUGUUUCGUGGAUUGCAAUAGGAAAUAUGUAUGCUGGACCUGAGUUAUCUCCAUGCGAGUAAUUGUCUUCUGUGAUGUCAUCUUCCUGCUGCAAUUUUAGCCAAAAAAUUAAUAUAAGUAUUUCUCGUAAAUGGGCAGUCCAUAAAGUAUGUCACGCUCCCGAAAAACGGUGUGACAGUUUGUAAGGGGAAUGGGGAUCUUGUGUGACAUCACAUAUUUUAAAAACAUCAUGCAUGUUUGACAGCGAUGUUUGACUUUCUGUUGUGAUAGAUGUGUUCUGAUAGAAGAUGUCACUUUUAUAAAUUUAAUAAUACUUGUAAAGUGUGUUUUAGAUUAAAUAUUUAUUUUUAAAAAAAAUUUAAAUUGAAAGUAUGAUUUACUUUGGUGGGGAGGGGGCGCUGAGAUUUAUGGCGGAUUUGUUACAGAGUGAGGGAGGGGAUAAAAUUGUGUGGCGCCUUAAUUGAAACUGAGUUUUAAAUACAAUGCAGAAACUUGUUUUUUUAUUUGCCCUAUUAACAUAUAAGUAUGUCAUUGUUUUAUUAAAAAAAAAUUGUUGACAUAUGCGGGUACACAUACCAAUAACACCAGCUAAAAUAUUAAUAAUAACCCUGCCCUCAAAGAACAGGAAACAUGGAUGUGAGCGUAGAGAUUUGUCAUUUCAGUUGUUUUUUAGAUUCCUAGCUAAGGUUAUCGAUUCUGUAUUUCUAUUAUCAUUUUUAAUUUUACAUCCGAAAAUGUCCUAAAAAAAUCUUUUCCAAAUAAACCAAUAAGUCAAUAAGUGUCUGUGUCUUCCUUACUGUCUUUAAAACUAAACAAACUGUAAUGUCUGCCAAUUUUCGAAAUUAGUCCUAUUAAAAAUUAAAUUUUAAUCU